AUGUCAUCCCGCCCAAAGAAAGUUGUCGCACCGUGCGAGUUGUGCCAUGCUAGAAAACCGGUCAUGAAGAGACCGAAGACACUUCAGAAGUUGUGUAAGGAAUGCUUCUACCAUGUCUUUGAGACGGAGAUCCACCACACCAUAACCAGCACCCAGCUCUUCCAUAGGGGCGAGCGGAUCGCCAUCGGGGCCUCUGGCGGAAAAGAUUCUACCGUUCUUGCACAUAUAUUAAAGACCUUGAACGAGAGAUACGAUUACGGGUUGGAGUUGGUGUUGUUGAGCAUCGACGAAGGCAUCAAGGGCUAUAGAGACGACUCUCUCGCCACCGUCCAGAGAAACAAAAUCCAGUACGACAUGCCGUUGGAGAUUGUCAGCUAUAAGGACCUCUACACAUGGUCCAUGGAUGAGAUCGUCAGCUGCGCCGGGAUCAGAAACAGUUGCACGUAUUGCGGAGUGUUGAGACGGCAAGCGUUGGACCGAGGUGCCGCGAAAUUGGAGAUCAGGCACGUCGUUACCGGCCACAACGCCGAUGAUAUGGCAGAAACAGUGUUGAUGAACUUGUUGAGAGGGGACACUGCCAGGUUGGAGAAGUCCUGUGCCAUCUUGACCCAAUCUUCCGGCUCCCCCAUCAAGAGAUCCAAGCCGUUCAAGUACACAUACGAAAAGGAGAUUGUUUUGUACGCCCACUACAAAAAGCUUGAUUACUUCAGCACCGAAUGCACCUACGCGCCUGAAGCGUUCAGAGGGACUGCCAGAACGUUGUUGAAGUCCUUGGAGGCCAUCAGGCCUAGCUGCAUUGUCGACAUCAUCCACUCGGGUGAGCACUUUGUGUUGCGAGAGAAGAAGAAGAGAACGGCACAGUACAAGAACGUGAAGAAGACUGACGAACAAGAGAUCAAUGCCGAUGGGUCCGUAUCUUUGAGCAACGGCAAAAAGGAGUUCAAGGACGGUAAUCGGUGUGAGAACUGUGGCUACUUGUCAUCCAACCGGAUUUGCAAGGCCUGUGUGUUACUAGCCGGGUUGGAGGCCUCCAGGGCCAAGGUCACCAUUGAGAACGAUACGACUGCUGAUGGGGCCGCCAAAUUAGGCAAGGAGCUCGAACAAUUGAGCUUUUGA